GGUGAGUUGCAGACAGGGUGCAUAGGUGAGCCGCAGACAGGGUGCACAGGUGAGCCACAGACAGGGUGCAUAGGUGAGCCACAGACAGGGUGCAUAGGUGAGCCACAGACAGGGUGCAUAGGUGAGCCACAGAAAAGGUGCAAGGGUGAGUUGCAGACAGGGUGCAUAGGUGAGCUGCGGCUGGGGGGUGCAGAGGUGAACUGAGUUGUAAUCCACCUCUGCACCCCCCGGCCACAGCUCAGCUCUGCACCCCCUGGCCACAGCUUGCCUCUGCAGCCACAGCUCACCUCUGCAUCCCC